CCACAAAACGCAGCAGCUCCACCUUCGUUCACUGCCGUCGUUCUCUUGAGUUGAGUUCAGUCAAGGUGUUUCCAAAAUCGAUUGAACCCUAUCCCCCCCCCCCCCCCAAAAUUUCGAUCGCUAUUCUCUUCGAAUUUGGGGAUAAUUGUUCAGGAUUGGAGUUGAAGUUUCAUAGACUUAGAAAGGGAUCUGAUUGUGUGAAUACAACUCUGACCUUCUGCGGAAUUAUUUUUCUAGUUGAUUUCUGGGAUCCAAGGCAGUUUAGAACUCGAAACUGAAGCUGCUCUGUUUAAUUUCUGCUGUUGAAACUGGUGUUUAUCUAGUGGAACCUCAUCUCAUAGCUUCUUCAGACCUUUGAAGUUGUUUUUCCUGUUAACAGGGCCGAGAGAGAGAAAAUCAAAUGCAAUCGAAAAUUAGCAGCUUCUUCAAGCCCUCUUCUUCUACUGCAGACCCAUCCCAAUGUUGCGGUGAUAUGUUUGAUUAUGGGAGGUUACAGCCAGAAAUUGUUGUUACUUACCAGCGCAGAGCUCAAAAUUCAUUCGGUGAAAUCAAUGGUGCAUCAACUGAUGAAGCAUCCAAGGAAAUAGACUUAAAGAAAUUUGCGCCAGACCUGGGGGUGGCAAAGUCUGGGAAAGUUUUGAAUAAGAAGAGAAAGUACGCCCAAUUUUAUUUGGAGCUGGGUCAGUCUGAUUUUUUAUUGCAUACUUGUACCGUCUGUGGCUUCAAGUAUGCCAGAGGUGAUGAAGGGGAUGAAAAGUUUCAUAAGACGCUUCACAAGAAUUAUACGCAUGGUAUUCCAUUUAAGGGUUGGCGGAAUGAAAGAGUUCUUCACAUUCCUCCACUUGAAAUUGGCCGAAUUAUCUUGGUGCUGGACGAUGACCCUCCUCCUCAGAGAAACAAGGUACAGGAAGUUGUGAAGAUGAUGGAGAUGGAACUUGGAGAUGGGUGGAUAUAUCAUCAGCUAUGCAAGGUUUAUCUGUUUAUAUCUUCUCAAAGAAUAUCUGGAUGUCUGGUAACAGAGCCCAUAAAGAAGGCGUAUAAGAUUCUCUCAAGAUCAGAAAGCAGCAGGUGUAAGGUUUCACCUGAGAAGGAAGCAAGACGGACUUCAACCACACUCCAAUUUGGGGGAGUGAGUUUCCAAAGGGAAAUUGUAAGAAUAAAUCAAUCAACCAAAAGCCAUGAAGAGUCUGAUAGUGGAGUAGUCUUGUGUGAGAAGGAAGCUGUAUCUGCUUUAUGUGGCAUUAGAGCCAUUUGGGUCAGUGCCUCCAACAGAAGAAAACAUAUUGCCAGCUAUUUGCUGGAUGCUGCUAGAAACAGAAUGGUGUAGUACUCUCUGCUGCUCAAGUACAUGAUCGAGUCGCUUGAUUGGUGCUUCUCAAGAUGAAGAGCUGUCCUCCAGCUUCGUAAAGUUUACCAGAGACUUCUACUCUCCCGGUACAAUUGCAGUUUCAGACAUAAUGCCUCUAGUUUUUCCAUGCAGUAAUUAUCUUGAUAAGGAAGUUGUUCUGAGGAAUAUAGCUGAGUGCUAUCAAGGAGGUUUAGAGAUGAUUAAGAAGGUUUUGCCCACUACUUCCUAUAUUCAACGUGAACCAAUUUCAAAUUCAUGGUAUUACAAAGGUGUCAAUGGUGAUCAAGUGGCUGUUACGGGCAAGGAUUCUGCUUUACUCAAGCAUACUGAAGAACAGUGUAUACAAAUGCAAACGUCCUUAGAUGUCAGUUUCAAAGGAGUUCUGGGAUUCUUGGGGUGGUAUUUACUUGCAUAACGCAAAGUUGGUUCUUGAAUUCAAUUGCCAAAUGAUAAUGUCUUUAAUAUCUGCAGUCAUACGGAAGAAACUGAAAACUUUGUUGUUGAGCAUCACUGGUCUCUACUCUCAUUAUUUUCACAGGUGAUAGGAAAAUGAAUGUGAUAAGACAACAAAUUAUUCGAACUCCAUGGCAUGGUCUUGUCAGUACCCAGCUGGGCCUCUUUUGUUCCAUUAAAAUUUAGGAUACGACACUAUGUAAAAUACUACUCUUAUAAUUGCCCCCCAGGGUUUUGGUCUAGUGGUAAGAGUGCAGCAUGUGAUUUGAGGAUCAGGCGCAUGUCACGGGUUUGAACCCUGCCGCACUCAAGAGCCUGGUUUUUGAGUAGAGAAGGGUUAGUGGCGGUCCCAUUAUUCACCGAGUUUCGGACCGUGCACUAUUGCCCCUCUGAGAUUUUUCCGUCAUCAAAAAAAUAAAAAAUAGAAACACAUUACCCUCAUAUUAGACUGUGCCCCUGAGAUUUUGUAAAUGGAAGGUGCACUAGCAGUAUAAUGUAAUUGGAUAAGUUAUAAUGGAUAUGUCAAAACGGAAUGACCAAGGAAAGAAAGAACAGCACACCAAAAUGAAAGAUUGGAAGUUGCUUAGUAGAUGCUUACACACAGAGUUCGUCGUUGAAGCAUCGGAUGUGCUUCUAUUUCGCAAAUAGAGUUUGUCUGAUCGUGCUCUCAGCAAAAUAGCUGUUGCAUUAUAAAUUUGGUCAAAUAAGUUACUUGAUGUUGGUAAAAUGGGUAAUAACUAUUUUCGUUAAGUUAAACUCUAUGUUUGCCAUUUGCAGUCUGGAAUGCCAAAGUUCCGCAUAGAUUGGAUUUCUUAUGAUUUACAUUUAGUCUGAACUUGCUUUACA